AUUUUUACCAACCACAACAUAAUCUAUCCAAAUCAUAAAAUUUGUACAACUUCCCUCUCCAAAUGGAAUCAACUGGGAUAACUUCUCUAUUAUUACCCCAAGAUCUUGUCCAACAACCAUCAACCCUAAUACCUAAUUACAAUACUAACAACGAUGAUGAUGAUCGUCAUCUAAUGCAAAUUUUCACUUCUAAUAACGGAGAUGAUAAUCAUCAGUUUAUCCAAAACCACACAUUUUCACCCAACCCUACAUCUUCAUUUACCAAUAAUAACAUUAUUAAUGAUAAUAACAACAUUAAUAAUGUUUCUUCUUCCUUAAACAACCUAUUAUACUCUCCAUUAACCCCUAAUUGCUCACAAUUUCAAAUCCCUCAAACUCCUCCUAUUUUAGAUAACAUUGAUUGGGUUAACCUUUUCUCUUCGGCUUCUAAUGAUCCACAAAAGGGUCUUGAGCCGAGCCCGGUGUCAGUAGGAUCAUCAACCUCAUCAGCUCCAGCUAACCACAACCAUUUCAACGAUAAUAGUAAUAACGGUCCGACUAAAGGCAGAGAAGAUAAAGGGAAAAUAACCCAUAAUAAUGAGUACAAUAAUAGUUCAAGUAGUAAAGUAUCAAGAUCAAUAGCAUGUUCAUCUAAUUCUAUGAAGAAAAAAGUUGUGCCUCCGAGGUUUUGCUUCCAUACAAAAAGUGUAGAAGAUGUUCUUGAUGAUGGGUAUAAAUGGAGAAAAUAUGGUCAGAAAUCUGUCAAAAAUAGCACCCACCCUAGGAGCUAUUAUCGUUGCACAUACCAUACAUGCAACGUAAAGAAACAGAUACAACGCCAUUCAAGGGAUAAAAGUAUCGUUAUUACAACAUAUGAAGGCAUUCAUAAUCAUCCUAGCGAGAAAUUGAUGGAGACUUUGAGCCCUCUUCUUAAGCAACUCCAAUUCCUCUCUCGAUUUUAAUCUUAUUAUUAUUGUAGUUCCAUGUAAUUAUUUAGAUAAUUAACACCAUUAAUUUGGUGCUUGUGCACAUUAAUUAAUUCAUUAAUUAGUAGUCUUGAUCUAUCAUUUCUUUUGUUGAUUACUUACAAAAAGUGCACAUAGAAAAUGUAAAAGAAAAACAAUGAAAAUUAUAUACUUAUACGAUCGAGUACAUGUUAAUUGCAGAUCGAUCGAAUU